AGUACGCUUUUAGUCAUUAGACAACAGCGAUGUAGUAUGAAAAAUAAUAAGACCAUUGUAUGAAUAGUUGGAACAUAAGGAAAAAUACUCGCAGGCACUCACACACCGAUCUCAACAGGCAUUCAACGUUAUUCGCGCAGACCAGUUCUGAUAUUGAAAAGUUUAUACUAUUUGCUAAUUCCAUGCUUUGCAAUCAACCAAUAAAUCAACAAAUGUGAAAUAUCGCUAUGAAUAUCAAAGUUUAUAAAUAACUAUAUGCACCCAUUUUCAAACGAGUACCCGUUGCUCUUGCGUGGGAUCAUUAAAGUGUUUAAAUAUACAUACAUACAUAACAAUUAUUCUCUAUAAAAAUAAAUAUGUAUAUAUGUAUGUACAUAUGUAUGUUGAACUGACGAUUACUAUGAAAUCCCCCGCCUCUUCUGUAACAGAUUACAUCUGAUUGAUGAAUGUGUAUGAUGACCCGGUAUGUAUUACCAUACAUAAGCUUUUUCACGGAAGCAACUACAUUGGUUUUUGACGUGCUACCUACAUUAAGAUGAUGAAGCUGAUAGAACCAUAAAGAGAACACGCGGGGAAAUACUCAUGCGUACGUCCAAAAGGCGCUUAACAAUUUUAAUAUGGAAGAAAAAAUGAAACCAGAACAACAUCUUUUGACACUGCGACGCCCUGUAGCGGUGAUCAAAAAGAGAUCAGGCCCUUUGGAUGAUGCGAUUGACAAGAUUAGUGUACCAGGAAAGGACUUGUCUAUAUUAAAUGCAAGCAAUCCUUCGGAUGAACACUGCGGACCAACGAAUAUGGCCAGUAAGAAUUUGGGAAGAGCUUCCCCUGGAUCUAGAAGACGUCGUGGCAGCACUAAAGACAAAGAAAAAAAACGAGAGCGCUGGCUAUUAACUCGAAAAACAUGGAGAUAUAUGACAGAUGCUGGACGCAAGCUUCUACCGGAAGGAGCGCAGAGUGAAUCGGACAUUUCCUUAAUUGAGGCACAAUUUCAACGAGCCUGCGCCUCUGAGCCCCGCUUUAUUUUAUGGCGACGUAAGACAUCAUAUCCAGGAGCAAUAAACAAUUCUAAGAGGCGGCUUAAAGUAAUUUCUCGGCACACAAGUAGCAGUCGCUGUGGCGCGGACGCAACAGAUCAACAUAUUAAUGCCGAUCAGACUAUUGAGCUACUGCAGUCGUAUCUGAAAAUUCGCGAUGCGUACAAAACAACAACCUUACUGGGAACCAAAACGGUUAGACCCGAUCAGACAUCAUCGCCAAGUGCACAUCGGCCGAUUGGUAAUACAAAUGAUAAUAUAUUAAGAACCGAUUAUUGCGAAAAGUCACUUGAAAAAGAGCUCUUGUCUCGUUUAAAAUUAUUGUCAGAAACCCCCCUAUUGGAUCCUGUUGUGGGAGUAAAAUUACAAUUAGAUAAUCCACGACAAGAUAUUCUUGAAGAUAAAGUACUAUUGAGGCAAAUAUACAAUUCCCUAAAAAAACAGCAACUUCAUCGAAUGUUACAUUCCACAGAACCAUCAAAACAUAAUAUUGGUCGUGCCUCUUCACUUUCAAGUAUAUUGAAAUUAAAUAGCUACCAAAACAGCUAUAAAAAAUGCUUUUCCAGUGGAGUUAAUAAAAUAGUUGAUUACCAAAGGUUGGAUAAUAGGCUGCACCAGAGCCCGACAAGCUUCGACAAUUGUGAUAUCAGAACAAAUCUGGGUGUGGCCCCAGAUAAACAUAGUUUGGAACCCCGCAUCGCCCCGCUAGCAACUGAUCUGUGGUCCAAAAAGGGCAAAACAAAAAAUGAGGGGAUUGAAAGGAGCUUCAACACAUGCGGAACACAAACUACUUUUAUACAGCUUAGCGAACUAAAACGAAUGGCUAAGGAAUUUGAGAAGACUUUGCAGCAGAGCAAAGAUAGUUCUGAGCCAUCUUUUCUGGGUGAUGAGUUGUUAGAGAAACAUGGUACGCUUUCAGAUCGGAGAAAAAGCUCUAUUGACAACGAAGAUAUUUCACAAUCUGUAAGCAACACAAUCAAGCGGUACUUAAGGAUGGCAAGAAAAAAAACUGUAAAUGAUGCAGACGCAAGUCGAUUUAAAUCAAUUAACUACGAUAAAAAUUUAAGAAAUAUUAAGGCAAAGGGUGAAAUAAAUCCUCCAGGAAUGGAUGAAGGCUUAAGCAAAGCUGUUCAAACACUAGAAGCAUGGCCUCUUAUAGCGUUGGAGUAUAUUCGUGGAAACGAGUGUAUCAGAAUCUUGCAAAACGCCCACAUAGAAUGGAAAAAGGCAGAGGAUGAACGGACUAGAAAAAAAGUAGAGUGGGAAAAAGCUCAAAAAAAAAAUAUUGAAGAACAUUUCCAGACUGCUAGCAACUCAAAUACUUAUAAGGAAGGUACAACAUAUUCGACAUGCAUUUCAGCACCUACAUCUCCAAAUAGUUACACAAGACUCGAGAAAACUAUUAAAACUUCUACCGGCUUGCUGACUUCGAGCUCUCAAUUUCUCUCGAAUAUUUGGCAUGGCCACAGCGACCCCGGUAGCACUACUAAUUUAAUCACACUAAACGACAAACAAGGAAAUAUGAAUCAUGAAAAUAUAAAUCUAAGAAAUGUAACAAGCAAUAUGCAAAAGUCCAAAUCUUUGUCUAACGUUGGGCAAUUUGUAACGAAAAAACUUUUGAGAAGUCGUUCCAAAAGCCAAAAUAAGCCUCAUUUACAACAAGAGCUCUCAACAGCUUAUCAAAAAUGGUUCCCUUCGGAGAACUGUUUGUGGAUCUCAGAAAACAAUGAAAAGUUUCAGAUUGUGGAAACUUUACUUAUGAAUUUAUCGAAAACGGAAACAGACUUCCUGAAGCAUUUUGUCCUGGAAAAAAUAAAGGAACUAAAUAUUGGCAGUAAUCUAGAUUUAGAUUUGGAAAGAAAAUCACACAAGCGACGAAUUAUACCGAAGAAGAAGUCAUUAACAACAAGUUUUUUUGAUAUUGGAAGGAAAUAUGAACACAACGGCCAGGAAGUAUUGUUUGGAACCUCUUUAGAAUGCUGCUUAUCAAGAUCCAGAGAUUCUAAACGGAGCGAUAUCGUUCAGACUCGAACACGAUCAAAGCACUCACUGAUGUCUGUGUUUCAAGGAACUGGUAACGGCACUGGAAGUCAUAUCAAGCUGAAUGAAAGUGUUCGGUCAUGCGAAAGUUUGCCAACCAAGUCUAUGGAGUGUGGAUAUAUCGAGACGUCGGAACGCUUUCGUGAUUCUUUGAAUUAUUUAAAUAAACCAUCCUCCUCCAUGUCUCAUUAUGAUAUGGAACAUAAUGAACUAGAUUUCGAUAAAACUUUACACACUCCAUCUCAUUUAAAUGUACCGAUAUUUAUUAUAAAUUGCAUGGACUAUUUGGAAGAUAACGGUCUGCAAAAAAUUGGAAUUUUCCGUGUCAGUACGUCUCGGAAGCGGGUUAAGCAAUUGCGGGAGGAGUUUGACAAAAACUCUCAUAUGAGAAUUCCCCAUGAAACUUGUCCCCAUGAUGUUGCUACCCUUCUCAAGGAAUUCCUUCGAGAUCUUCCAGAACCUCUGCUUUGCAGUCGACUCUACACAACAUUUUUAGAAACCCAAAGGAUUCGAAAUCGCCGUUUACAAUUGGAGGGUAUUUCACAUUUAAUAAAACUGCUGCCUAUUUCACAUAGAGAUACGCUGUAUGUCUUACUGCGGUUUCUGGCAAAAGUAGCGGCACAUAGCGAUGAUAUAUGCGACAGCGAUGGAAAUAUUGAGAUAAAUGGCAACAAAAUGGAUAGCAGUAAUCUGUCUACAGUUUUCGCUCCAAAUAUUUUGCGUGGUUUAGAUCAAGCAUCAGCUAGAGAUAGAGAGCAGGAUCAUAUGAACGACGCAAUAAAUGUAGUCAGAACUAUGAUUGACCAUUACGAAGAAAUAUUUAAAAUAUCAGCAGACUUUCUUGACGUUAUUUACUCACAUAUGUUAGAUGCAUGUCCAGACAUAUUGUAUGGGUUAAUUUCAACCAAAAUAAAUGGAUCACAAUGGCACUUGAAUCAUUCAGAUGAGUCGUCAAUAGUUCAAAACAGCGACGCGGCAAGCUCUGCAGAUGAGGUUUUCGACUCGAGACAUGCUAAUCGGUAUGGCUCUGUUGGUCAGAAUGAUAACGAAUUUGAUAAACGAAAAUCGGAAAAUCCCGUUGAUGACGAAGGGUUGCGAAGUUAUCCUAAGCUUGCUUGUAACGACGCGCAUAAGGAUGAGCGGAAAGACGAAACUUUAAAAGUAUUCUCUGCAAGUCUUAAAAUAUCGUUACCGGAGCAAUCAUUACAAUACAAGGAGUCCGUUAGAGACAAGGAUAGUGAAACAGCAGGGAACUGGCCUUCUGAGCCCAGAUUGCCAGCAAGCAUAUCAAAUAUUGGUUGCGCAACAUUAAGUGCAAAGGCAGCAGAAUUCGAAAAAAAUGCAACAUGCAACAAUCUUCCAUCUUAUGGAACCCAAGAUAUAGAAUUAAGAAAGAAACCUCUAUACAAACGGCAGCAGUUGAUAUCCAGCUCCAGGAAAAAAAACAAAAUGUAAUGCUCUGGAAAAAAUGACUGCAGCAAUAAUAACCGUCAAGUUUGCUGUUUAUAAGUACAUAUAUUGUAAUAAUCUUAAGUAUAAGAAUGUUUUUUUUUAUUUUAACAAAAUAUACUCUUAAACUCUUUGCAAAAGUCUC